GUCGACUUCUGGAGGUGCUUGUUUAACGCACCAUCAGAGACACAAGUUAACACAGGUUGUCAGUCUCGUUUUCGGAUGAAAGUCAGAGAUUCGACUAUGAGUUAUCCUCUGCCGCCCCGGUGAUUUUUUCACAGCUCGGCCGUUCGAGCAUUGUAUCCACCUCCUCUCACGACAUGGCCUCGUCCUCUUCAGCUGGCCCAAGGGCCAAAGCGUCAAAAGACGUAAAUGAGCUUGCCUCGGUUCUUUACGAUAAAUGUAUUUCGGGGUUUUCUGCCGAUCACCUGUUCUACCAGCAGGACCUGCUGGGGUUGGGCGUUAUUCCGAAUAACGAUGUUGCUCUCUUGAUGAAAUGCGCCCAGUCCCUUGUGGACCAGAGCUUGUUCCGUCUGCUCCAUGGUAAAGAUGAUCGGCUUGCUUGGAAGGUCGUCGAACAGUCAGAUGCAGAGAAACUUCAAAACCUCAAUGCCGAAGAACGCCUGGUGUAUAAUGUCAUUCAUUCCACCGGCCGCCAGGGCGUCUGGACCAAGACAAUUAAAGCGCGAACCAAUCUACACCAGACUAUCAUGAACCGAUGUUUGAAGUCACUCGAAGCGAAAAACUACAUCAAAUCAGUACGCAAUGUCAAAUACCCACAGCGCAAGAUCUACAUGCUGGCUGGAUUGCAGCCGAGCGAGGAAGUCACUGGAGGAGCCUGGUUCACGGAUGGUGUUUUGGAUGCAGAUUUUAUACACAGUUUGGGUGUUUGGAUAGAGCGUUGGGUUAGCGCAAGGAGUUGGUACGAUACCGAAAAGGCCGAUCGGCAAAAGAAGAAGAGAAAGUUAGAAAACGACACCCCGAAGUCCACCGAAUCCCAGUAUAUCCCCUAUCUACCCUCAUACGGAGGCUAUCCUACCGUAAUCGACAUCACCAAAGCGAUCAACGCUUCUGGCUUGACUCCUGUCACAUUAGGAGAAGGAAGUAUAGCGCAACUUCUCGAGAUGCUUUGCUACGAUGGCAGGCUAAUCUCCCUUCGUGAUGGAGCGGCUUACAAAAGUGUUAAAAAGCCUAAUCAGAUAUCUCUCCAGCGGGAGCUCGGCCUCCAGGCCCCGGGCGCUGGAAAGGACACGUCCGAUCAAGAUCAGCUUACUCUCGGAAGUAAUGGCAUGACCGAAGUGCCAUGUGGCAGAUGCCCAGUCUUCUCACUCUGUAACGAAGGCGGACCUGUCAAUGCAGAAAACUGCGAAUACUUCCAGGAUUGGUUACAAGGACGUCUUUCGUUCUAACUCAUGUGGUCGAAGAUAUCUCCUACCGCACAUUCCAACUUUGCAACGCAUUCAAUCAGUGUAAUUCGACGGCAUCAACACUAAUAUGACCUCGCUUCACGAAUACCUGCAACCUAGCUAUCGCACGUCUCAUGCUAGCCGUUCCUCAUUUUUACCUCCCUGCCUACUCUCUGGAGACGACAACUAAACCCAACUCUCAGUGAUGUCUAUACUCAGGGCUAGGUCGGAUAUCAGAAAAUCUACAAAACUCGGGAAAGCCCUACAAAAAAAAAGUUUGAUAUAAUAUUCUUGUGUCACAAAUAUACAGCAUAGCGUCGGAGUCUGUUUCACACUUAAACACUGACAUUUUGCUUUGGAUGUUUGUACAACUAUUGGGCAGUGUCAGGUCUAAUGCCCAGAACAAAUGAAUGACAUGUACUCUGUACUGGA